UGAGACACAAAAAGAGCUACAGUCUCAUUCCCAGGAACAUCUUGAGGCAGAGAUGGGGGGGUUAUAGGACAGCAUUCCUCAUGUCAGAGCAUUAGUUCUUCCACCGAGCGGCAGACGAACUCUCCCUGCUCCGAUCAUCUCCUCUUUGUCUUCAAGCAGCAAAACUUUACAUCUCUGGAGAGCCUGCACACCACCAAAAUGGAGUCUGCUACAGUGCAGCUGCCGUCCAAUCACUCAUCAGGGAGCUGUGCGGCAGUGGAGACUACAAUGGAAAACCAGCUGUUCGGAUGGUUCUACCUCGUGGUCUUCAUCGUGGCGCUGAGCGGCAACAGUUUAGCCCUCUGGAUCUUCUCUCACCAGCGUGGCGUUUCUUCUCCAGCUAACGUCUUCCUCAUUCAUCUGGCUGUGGCAGACCUAUCGUACGUCAUCAUCCUCCCACUCAGGGCCACCUACCACUUUACAGGAGGCCACUGGCCCUUAGGCGAAGUACCCUGCAGGGUGGUGGGCUUUUUGUUUUAUGUCAACAUGUAUGCCAGCCUGUACUUCCUGGCCUGCGUGGCGGGGGAUCGAUACCUGGCUGUGGUCCACGCUGUGAGGUCGCUGAAGGUUCGUCGAGCUCGCUACGCUCAGAUCAUCAGCUUCUCUCUAUGGGUCCUGGUCACUGUCUCCAUGGCACCACUGCUGGUCACCCAUCAGACUGCACAGGUGGACAACAUGACGGUGUGUUUGCAGCUAUACAGAGAGAAGGCCUCGCGCAACGCUCUGAUCUCAUUGGCUGUCGCCUUCACGCCACCUUUCCUUGCCACUCUGUCCUUUUACCUCCUCAUCAUCCACAGCCUGCAUCGGGGCUCCAGGUUGGAGCCAGCGCUCAAGCUGAGGGCCCUGCGCACCAUUGGCCUGGUCAUGCUCAUCUACGUGGUCUGUUUCCUGCCUUAUCAUAUGAGCAGGGCCACCUUCAUCCUGGGCUACAGCCACCCCGACGUCUCCUGCCAAACACGCAGAGGCCUGAGCCUGGCCAACCGCCUAACCUCCUCCCUCACCUGCCUGAACGGUGCCAUGGACCCGCUGGUCUACCUGUUUGGGGCGGAGAAGUUCCGCAGCACGCUACGGCGCUUGUUGUGUAAAGAUAAUGCAGGGAUGUCAGGGGCUACCAGUGGAGAGUUAAAGGGAACGCAUGAGAGCUCUGUGAGUGCCAAGUCUGAGUUCUGAGGAAAAGGAACUCGAUCCAGAAACCUGUGCAGACUUUUCCCACACAACCAGCUUCAGCUCGAUGAUCCUUUGACUGCCAAACCAAAGGUUCAAUUUGAAAUUAAGUCCCAGGUCUGGUGACUCCCCUACACCAGUCCCACCAAAUCCUUAAAAUCAAACUGACAUCACUGCUGUAAUUAAAGACAGACAUGACACUCCAGUAAAUCACAUUGUCCAUUAACAAUGUCAUGAAAUGGAAGAGAGUUUAAAGUAAAUUUAUUGUAUUCAGUAAAUACGACACGUGUCAAUGAAUAUGGAGAACUGGCUGUGCCCGUUUUUUAAUGCUGUCGUCAAAAGACAGACAAGUUGUACUGGUUAGCGACGCCUUCCAUGUUUUAUUUCAGCUUCUGGUUGUUCCCAUUAAAAGUCUUUAUUGGUCCACAUUCAAAGCAGUUAGACCUGCAUCCAAAUUCUGCUGCUCGAGUCGGUGUCCUCCUCCUGCGUGGGAUCGGACUCAGCUAUCUGAGUUGGUUUGAGUGGGAUUUAAUAAAAAAGUUUGCCUAAAAAUAACAACUGACGUGUUCCGGACAUGAAACAAAAACCUGAUGAUGUCAAAAUUUUAAUUGGCUCUGCUACAUGGUAUUAUAUAAAGUACUGAGUGCUAAUCAUUUAGCCUACUUGUUGGAAAACCAAAACAGGGAUCCAAUAUAUCCACAGUCAACUUUGAGUGAGUAUUUUCUGCUGUUUUUGUUUUAUUCUAAGCCAAAUUAAAUAGAUGAUGAUAUAUGAUAAAUAUGCAGCAGUUUAUUGUGAGUAAUGUUACUUUUUAUCUGUGGUGUCUCAGGCUGUAUUUUCUGUUUGGCUUAUCAAAUAUGUGUUGACAUAUUUUAAGGCUACAAGUGGUCCCUAUGAUCAGAUGUUUAGUUUCAGGCCAAAUAGACAGAAAACUGCUGUUUAGUGCUAACUAGCAAAAGCUAGAACGCUUAUGUGCUAACCUGGGAAGCUAAACAGGGUAAAUAUUAUACGUUUCAUAUGUUAGCAUGUUAGCAUUUUCAUUGUAUGAUAGCACGCUGGUGUAAGCAUUAACCCAAAGCACCACUGUGCCCACAGACUAUGUGAAAGAUGGACAUGAUCACUGUGGUGUCACCCACAGGCUACUGGAGACUCGGCAUUAACCAGGUGUUAGGGUUUUGGAGCCAGAUGUAUCAGAAUAAAAAGGUGAAGUGCUACGUUGGUUAGCUGCAUCCAUAAAUCAUGUGGGUGCCAUGGACAGACACACAAAGUGGCUAAUUAGUUUUAAUUAAGUAAGAGAUGAAUAAAAAACUAGAAUUUCAUUCACCAAAACUGAAGCUCAGUGAUCCACCUUAUCUGUCAGAUAAAAUGCUGCAGUAGCAUAAAAACACAGUCCAGAGGUGCAGAUCAGAGACUGUCAAUCUACAGUCACACUAAUGAACACAGCACAAAAAAACAUAACAGCUGCUUUGAAGGUGUGUGGAUUAUGUAAAUGUGUCCACUUUUGAAAUAUUUCCCUGUGGAACAAACAAAAAGUCAUUUUCAUGAUAAAAUAUGAUGCUCACGGUGAGGACAGUCACAGCUUUUUAAGACUCCAGUUGCUGUAUGUUUACUCUGCUUAUGCUCGACAAAUCUCUACUGUAAAUGUUUUUCUUAACUCUCAUAUAAUGCUAUGCAUUUCUGUUGCACCAUUGCAUGACAAGCUAUUAACUAUUCUUCUAUUUUACAGUUUGAUGAAAUGUAAGAUGUGAAAAUAUGUUCUGAAUCUUCUCUGCAACUUAAACUUGUGUGAUUCACUGCUGCAGCAGUUGUGUGACACGUCCUUCUUUCUCUUUUUUGAAGAUCAUCUGUUUGUCGCAUAAAAACUACAUGAACUCAACAUUUGUGCUGAAAGCAAAAGUAUGAUUUCAUGUCCUUCAUGUCUGGGGCGUUGACGCGCUCGCCGUGAAAGUGGUAAACCUAUUUCAAGUGCAGGGACAGAAACCUCUGAGGCUGCAGUCACUUCUCAACGUGUAGUUCUCUUUUCAUAUCAUGUGACGUGUUGUGGUUUGUGAGCAGCUCAUUUUCCUCCUCUUAUUUUUGCAAGACUUCCUGUCCAUCACAUGAACAAGCCACUUUAACUUGUAUUUCCUGAAUGUAUAUAUUGUAGAAAACCCCCAUGCUCCCCUGAUUCCUAUCACAUGGUUCAAAGAAGAAAGCAGUAUGCAGGGUGAACAUGAAGCAAUCUUUCAUUUUAGCUCAAAGGACAAAAUUCUGGUGUUUGAAAUCAAGCUCUUUUUUCUUUUUUUGGUGCUCAUGUUUUAAAGCAGAUCCA